GGAGGCAGGAUGACUGACGGCUCUGGAGCGACCAUGUCGGGGGCCUUGGUUCUGGAGGAGCGGGAUGGCAGUGGGUCAGGGGCCGGGGUGGGGCUGGAGCAGGCCUCGCCCCCUGAGGCGGGCCGGCCGCGCUGUGGGGGCUGUGCCCUGUGGACCCGACAGCAGACGUGGCUGUGCGUAGUACCGCUGCUCAUUGGCCUGGUGGGCCUGGCGCUCAGCCUCAUGCUCCUGCAGUGGAUCGUGGUGGGCUCCGUGCCCGACUACGUUCCCACUGACCUGGUGGACGCCAAAGGCAUCGGCCAGGACCCCAUCUUCCUGUCCAAGCCCAGCGCCUUCCCCAAAGGACCGGCCACUACUACAGGAGGCGCUGCUGCCACCCCUGCCCCAGUCGGUCCGGCCUCCACCGCCAUUGCUGCCACGGCGACAGCCAGACCCCGCCCUGGUGCCCGGCCGGGGCCUGCGGCGGGCAGCCAGGCCCCACACCUCCACAAUCGUGUGGGGACACGGGUGACGGCGGCCAUACUCCCGCCUGGCACCACCACCACCCGUUCGCCCCGUGUGGUCACGCCACGCAGCACUGUCAGGCGGCCUGGUGGCCGCAACGGCGUGUCCUCCUCCACCAGCAGGGCGGCGCUACCCUCGUCUGCCCCCUCGCCCUCCAGCCACCCUGUCCUCCACAACUCUGGUCAGACGCAGAACCACGAGCGCCCCAAGGGACCACCUGCCACACCAGCCCGGCCACACACCCAUACCAAGACAUUGGUUCCCACGUCACCGCCUCUUCGCUCUGAGCACUUUAAGCCGUGCAGAGACAAGGACUUGGCCUACUGCCUGAAUGAAGGGGAGUGCUUCAUCAUUGAGACACUCACCGGCUCGCACAAGCACUGCAG